GAAACGGGGUCGCACGUUUGUGCGCAAAUAUACCAUCUAUUACGGUCACGUAGCCGUUAACGCCACACUGACACACCACAUCACCGUCACCACCGGCGUGCACCGACCGAGUAGUGAGUACUAAUCAAGAUGGCGACCGAGGGUCAGUUCGAGUACGAGUCGGUCCUCUGUGUCAAACCUGAAGUCAACGUUUACCGAAUCCCACCGAGAGCAUCCAACCGGGCUAUCAGGGCUGCUGAUUGGAAGCUGGACGCUCCUGACUGGACAGGACGCAUGCGUCUGACAGCCCGGGGCAAAGUGGCCUACGUGAAAUUGGAAGACAAAAUCUCUGGGGAGCUGUUUGCCCAAGCACCAGUGGACGAGUUCCCUGGCAUCGCAGUGGAAACAGUCAGUGACUCAAGCCGUUACUUUGUGCUCCGCAUUCAGGAUGACAACGGUCGCAGUGCCUUCAUAGGCAUAGGUUUUGGAGACCGAGGCGAUGCCUUCGACUUCAAUGUUGCACUCCAGGACCACUUCAAGUGGGUAAAACAGGAAACUGAAUUGACCAAGCAGGCACAGGCUCCAGACAACACUCCUAAACUCGACCUUGGCUUCAAAGAAGGACAGACCAUCACUCUCAAUAUUGGGCAAUCAAAAAAGAAGGACAGGUCUCGUCCUCAGAGUUCAGGUGGCUUUGGGCUUCUUCCACCUCCUCCUGGGGGAAAGUUAGCCCCACCUCCUUCAUCCAGAUCUACCAAUCAUAGCAUACAACCAUCCGCAGCAGGAAGUGAAACUGGUACUUUGCUGGAUCUGGACUCCAGUAAUUCCAACUCAGCGGCUCCAGUCAACCCCACCACCUCAGCCAGCUCUGACCUGUGGGGAGACUUUGACCCUGUAUCCCCGAAGUGAGGAGAGAUUCGUUUUGUUUUGCUCCCUCUAAUCUCUCUGUAAAUUAAUGCAGCAAUUUUUGCAACCUUGCUUUCCCCUUUAUGGGGUCCCAUAUCUCUCCCUGCCAAGCAGGAUAAACCCCUGUUGUGGUUAGUUUUAAGUUCACUUCGUCAUGGCUUUUGUUCUUAGUCAGAGAUACACCCAGACCCAAUAAUCUAUCUCCACCAACUCUUCCUCCCCAGCCUUCUUGGCCAUCCUCUUCCCUCUUUCCUUCUGGGUAUGUUGUCUCACUUUAGGUCUCUAGUUUGCAUUCUCCUGUUUAAAGUCUGCCUUUCUCUCCUUUCUCUCCCUCCCAAUGUUUUAUUUUCUGAUUUUUAUUGUAGAGUUUACAUAAUAGAAAUAUGAUCAAGGGAGACAUAAUGAGAAACAUCGUAUGAAAUGAAAUAUAAUUAACUAUAGGAAUGAAUGAAUUUUAUGUACAGAGAUUACUUAUUUUAAAUGUAUAUAUUGUCUGUGGUUUCUAAUUAUUGUCAUUGGUGUUGUCACCUGUAUGUACUGUAACUUAUACUUCUCCAAGUCCUCAGCAGUGGGACUGACUAUAUGCACUGACUGGCAGUCUAGUCUGUCUGUGUAGUUAGUAAUGCAUAAAGUCUGCAUUAUCGCAGGGAUUGUUCAAGUCACAGACACAGGUUACAGUGAAGUUUACCACAAAAUGAUUUUACUUGAAAGAGGCGAGUUAAGCUAUAGCUGAUUUACAGAAUAUCUGUGCACUCUAGCACUCUCUGGGGGCUCCUGUAGCUCUACAACAUCAUUUAGAAAGAUGUCAAAUAGAGCUGUUGAACUCAUAUUUCACUGGGGGUGGAUCCUGGCGCUGUGUGCAAUUUUGUUUAAACUGUAGAUCAGUACAAAGAGACAGGGAGGUAGGGAUGUUGUAUGUGAUUGGGUCUUAGCAAAAGAAAAAGAGGCAUCAAGUGCUUUUAUCUUCGCCUCAAGGGGAAGCCGAGAAGAUUUAGUCCGUGUUAUGUCAUCUCUUCUCAGCACAGCUGUUAAAGCUGUGACUGGUGAGUCAUGUAGGUCAUGAUCUCUCUUCUGCUCAAUGAAUAGGUUUGUGUUUCUGCGCUGCCCCUUAAGCCUGGGGAGCAGCUUCAUCCUUUGAAUUCAUUGUUAUGAGAAGGUGAUCAGGUCAUAGAUCUCGACUGCAACGUCUCGCACUGCACUGACGAGUUUUAACUGUUAAUUCCUUGUUAAGCUUUGAUGUUUUCAAUGGUAUUUGGAUGCAGAGAAAUUCAAUGUGGGACCAAGCUUGUAUGUGUUUUUGUUGUGACAUUGUUACAUGUGAUGCACUGCUGCACUGGUAUCACAUGCUCAUGUGUGGUGACAGUGACAAGUGGCGCGAGGUGGAUGUUGACUGGAAUGCACAGAGAUUGUGUGAGUCUAAAGUCCUACCGAUGUUUGUCAGUGUUUGUUUACUGUUUAACUUAUAUGCAUCCCUCCCAAAUGUUCCCUGUUAUACAAGCUGUAUGUGUGUAUGGAAAUAUAUAUGGAAUUGAAUAUGCAAAGAAAAACACAGAUAUCACUCAUA